AACAGUAAAAUACGCCCUUUACGUUUUCCUACAAAAUAACGUAAUUUAAGUGUGAUCUUUGUUUACUGGCACUAUGCAGACAUGUACUUAGUCACUUUUGGCCCACUUCUUCUCAGCUGUAUAGAGGGGUAUCAUGCGGAGGGGAAAUCCGUCAGUGUGAUGUCAAAGCCCGGACAGUCGAGAGGCGGAUCUGAAGCAGCCCAGGACGGCCAACUCCACAGCGUGUCUGAGCAAAAUGAAACAUGGAUGAGGAGGUCGCCGAAAGUUGGGAGGAAGCUGCCGAUAGUGGGGAAAUGGAAAAACGUUUAGAAGAGAAGCUAAGGAUCAGCCAGAAAGAAAAGGAGUCCAGUAAUAAUUCUUUGCGAUCUCCACUGAAGACAGCCAUGGUGAUACAGGACGACUCUCUCCCAGCAGCACCUCCACCACAGAUACGUAUUUUGAAGCGGCCUGCAAGUAACGGAUCAUUUGGAUCCCCCUUGAAUCAGAACAGGCCUACACCACAGGUCAAGUCUCUGGCCCAGCGUGAGGCCGAGUACGCCGAGGCCAGGAAGAGAAUACUGGGCAGCGCCUGCCCAGAGGAGACGCCCCAGGACAAACCCAAUACUGACAAGGCAGGGCGCAAUAACUCUACACUGCCUUCAGAGGACACCCGAUCAAACAAUCACACUGUCCGGCAGCCUGCCGGCCCAGACGGCACCCAGGGGUUCGGACAGCACAGAUAAGUGGGCCCUGGCGCCACCCAGACAUAGAGGGGAGAGAGAGAUCAAGAGCCACCAGAGCAAAGACAGGCACUGUAUUCUCAAAACCUCCUCCCUUCAGUUCCAUUAUAUCAGUUGAGCAGCGAGUACUGCUGUCCAACCGACGGGGAGCGAGGAACUCCAGGAGGAAGUCGAUUGGAAAUGUGCUCUCUUCUCUCCCCGCUCAAGUCUGUUUGACACUGUGAUUAUGGACAUAUUCUGGACUCACUGUGAUGAUCCCUUUAAGAGACGCCCCUCACCUCCAUCUCUCGCGCCCAGCGGCUCCGUGUCAGGACUCCUUCGAGGCAGAAGCAAAGACUUUAAACAAGGGAGGAGAAGUGACGGGCCACAGCAAAAUGAGAUGAGCUGGUACCUGGGCAGCAGCAUCUCCCCAGUAAUGCUACCAGCCCUCUCUUCUCACCUUUUACAUACAUGUUUUAAUUUUUAUCUUUUCUUUUUUUACUUCUUCGUCUUCAAUCGUCUAUACUAGGGAUGCUCUGAUAUCUACAUAUAGAUACAUUCACAUUAUACAUACACCAUGAAAAACUUGGUCAUUAAAACAGUACUCUAUGCUGAGAUUUACUUCUUUAUAUUUGCAGUUUUUAUGAAACAUUCACAUUUUUCACUUUUGGUGGUAAAAUAGUCUCAGAAUACUGAGGUUUGGUUUGUUCUUACAGUUUCAACACAGACACCCUGCGCUGCAGCUUGUGGUGUCAGAUCUCCCACAGACAGUAAACUCACCACUGAAGCUGAGUACUUAACUGGUCCCAGAGCUGUAUGCAUUAUCAGUGCGCCCCUAAUAUGUCAAUUGCCAUUUGUUUUUAAAAACUGAGGGUAUGGGUCAAGUUGUAUAUCUGACAAGUUCUGUUUACGGUUUAUUUUUUAAUUUAGCUUUUCAGCUGUCUUCCCUUGACUGUCAUCAUUAUUUCUAUUUAAAAGCAAAAAACAAAAAUGUAAAGGAGAUUGUGGAUUUAAGUCCACUUUUAAGUAGCUUUUCUGUCUUUUUGUAAGAGAUGGUAGCGAUGUCAGAGCAGUAUUUUAAUCUAAAUGAACCAAAAUUGCAUUUUAAAAUCGACCUGUGUGUAUAUAUCAGUUCAUUCAGAUGUCAUUAUUUGAAGGUGGUGUUGGCAGCAACUCAAGGAAAGGUCAGAUGGGGGAAUGAAUUUACUGCUGUACUUAACAAGCCUCUCCGUCAUCUCCACCUCGUCAGCGAUGGCGCGCUCGUUUCUUCAUGUUCUUCGCUGACGUACAGUACGUGGGAACUCAGGUGCAAGUGAACUGAAUGAAUGAAACGAACUAAGAUUGUAUUUUUCCAGUGGUUUCGAUUGCUCAAACAAGAAAUGUCCGUAUUAAAAUCUGGGUUGACACUUUUAGAAACAGUACAUAAAGUGAAAUGUAACUGAAACAAUGUCCACGUCCUAAAAUGAAUGAAAGUUUUUUUUUUUUGUCUUACUGUUGGCAUCUUGGUCACAAACUGCAAUGUCACCCAUGUGAUUGUUCAGUAACUGAUGGUCCUCUGUUAAAUAGAGACAGCUGUAUGUGAACCAGAGAGGAAGCCACUACCUGUAUGACCAGGACCAUUGUGCCCAUUAUGUUCUUUAUUUGUUCAAACAGAAGAGAUCUCAAUAAAAGCCAUAUUCAGUGGUGCACAUCAAUAGAACAGUUCCUGUAAUGGUUGAAUCCAGCUUGUG